AUGCAAAGGAAGCUUUUUGUUACAUUAUUUACAACUUGUCUGGUAACUCUUCCAUCUAUUCUGGUACAUGGGAAAGAAUAUUUCAGUGGAUUUGUGCACAAAAAAUUAAAAAACCUCUUACAAUGCAACUUCGUAGCAUAUUAUAAUAUUGGGAAUAAUGGGCCAGAUCCGAAUUCUUUCCUAGAUUUUGUUGGAGAACCCGAACAGUUCUACUGGUUUAUAGAACAUUACCUAUCUGUUCCAUUCAAAAUUCCAAAGCAUUUGAAAAAUAAUAAGAUACACAACUUUUCAUCUUGCAAGAACAGAUCGUGGGUAUCCGAAUUUUUAAGGAAAUAUGAAGAGCCAGAUAUAUAUGAACUAAUGAAAUUUUUGGAUAAGGAACAGAAGUUAUAUUUUUCUCAAAAUUUUGAAAAUAUAGAACCCGUUGCGAAAUAUACAUCAUUUUCCUUUAAAGAGUUUCACAAGUAUUGUAUCCUACCACCUUUAAUAGAAACUAAUAUAAAGAAAAAGGAUAAAGGGGGAUUUCUAUCAUAUCAAUUAAAUGAAGAGGAAUAUAAAAUAUAUUUAAAUUCACUUGGAUCUCCAAUAUCUGCUUUAAAAAAUGUGUAUUCACAUAUGGAAGACGGGGAGAGAAAAAGUUUACUGAUGAAUAUUGUUGAAAUGGAAGAUUCAAAUGAGGUAUUAGUGAACUGCCCCGUUUAUGAUUUAAAGUUACAUUAUAAUAAAGAUUGUGGUUCUGAGCCUAAUAUUUUAAAAUGUCUUGACAAUUAUAUUAAAAAAUUAUGUAAAAGAAGAAUAGCGAAAAGAGAGCAUGGUACAUUUUGUGAUCAUUUACUAUUUCUUUUUGAUGCUUUAAAAGAGCCUUAUGUUGAAAAUUUUAAGAAAUUUCUAAAAAGGAAUGAUGUACAUUUAGUAAAGCCACAGUCUGUUUGGGGUGUACCUUUAUUUAAUACAUACAAACCAAGAGAUAUUAAGGACCCAAAGAAAAACGUUCCCGCUGACGUUUUCAAAGUAUUAAGCAGCAAAAAUAAAUUGUUUUUGUCUUUUGUCGAUGAAAUACCAAAUAAUCCAUAUUACGUGGAGGAGUCUCAGCCACUCGUCAAAUUAAGUAGUUUCACCUCCAGCAUUUUCGAUAAGCUUCAUAGGUUCUUUCAGAUUUUCAAGAAGCAAGGAAAGGCAAUUAGUCCUGUUUCAGUUAAAGAAUUAAGUCACAACAUCAGCGAUUUUAGCUUUAAACGUGAUACUAGUGAUAUUGAGUGCAAGAAUGUGAAAAAGAGCCUUAACCUAGAUCUGGAGGUAGAAGUUGCUAAGGGUGUUGCAGCAGAAAAAAUUUGUAAAAUUAUUGAAAAAUAUGUUUUAACAAAAGAGAAUAAGGGUAAAACAUUAAAAGGUGAAUUCAUGCUUCAGCUAGAUGAUGUACAUAAAGGAUUUCGUCUUGAAUGUGUUUUGUUAUCAACACAUGUUGAAGGAUACAAUAUUAUAAGACAACUUUUAAAUAUGGAAAGUAUGUUAUCCCUAACCAGAUAUACAUCUCUAUAUUUGCAUAAAUUUUUCAAAACUGUGACAUCAUUGAAAGGAAACUUUUUAUAUGAAAAUGCGAAUGCAAUAAAAUAUGCACAGUCAUGUGGUACAGCUGUUCUACACGUACCAGCAGUUUUGUAUAGAAGAAAUAUUUAUCUAUCUGAGACAUUUUUAUCAUUAUAUUUAGGAUUGUCAAAUUUAGUUUCCUCAAAUCCUAGUAGUCCUUUUUUUGAAUACGCAAUCAUUGAAUUCUUAGUAUCUUAUUUCAAUAAGGGUUCCGAAAAAUUUAUUCUCUAUUUUAUAUCUAUAAUGUCAGUUCUAUACAUUAACAUUUAUUACUAUGAACAAUUGUACUGUUAUCACAAUGAACAUUUUGAACUUUUAAGAUCCAAAAUGAUUCAUCCAAAUGUCGCAAACCGUAUUUUAGAAAAUAUUAGUAUGUUGAUAAAGAGCCCUAGAUACGCAAAAAUGUAUGCCUUAUAUACUAAGUUUGAUGAUGAAGUUAUAUUUAAUAAGGAAAAAGUUUUCGAGAUUUUGUACUCCUUUGAUCAAUUUUUGAGCAGCGCAGAUGCACAGAAAAAGGCUAAAAUGCAAAACAUAUCAGACGAUUUAGUUGAUUUAGACACGACAAGUGAUGGAAUUGGUUUCAGAAAGGAAGAUAUAUUUUUUGAGUCAGAAAAUAUUGGUUCAAUGGAAUCUGCUGGAGAAGAAACUGAUGAAGAUUUGGAAGGAAUUGAUAAGAACCAACAAAAAAAAAUUACUGAAUAUUUAAGUAUGAUUCCAGAAGGUGAAAGUGCAAAUCUGGAUAACAAGAAUAAGGAAUUAGAAUUAGAAUUGUAUAAAUACAUAGGACCUAUUAAUAAUAAUACCACAGAAGUUGGAACUAUCUCUUCACAUUCCCCCUCUGCAAGUUCCCAUGAGGGACUUGAUGCAGAAGAAGGUUCAGAUGUUACUUCUAGUGUCCAAGAUGUUAAAGAAAAAACUGGACAAAUGGGAAAAGAUUUUAAAAGGAUGAAAGGAAAAUCUUCUUCACAAUUCAGAAAAGGAACCGACUCCUAUGAAUCAUUAACUUCUCUGGGUCAAAUAUCUUCUGGUGAAUUUUCUAAUGAAGAUAAAGGAUCUAAUACCAAUAUAUCUCCAGAAGAAGAGACACCGGAACAAGAAAUGUGA